AUGUGUGGGUUCCACGGAACAGAACCCACCGAAGAAAUACUUGACCUCAUUCGAAAUCACAAUCUCGGUUCUGUCAUUUUGUUCUCUCGUAAUAUUGAAACACCAGAACAAACCCAACAGCUGACAUACAAGCUUCAGCAAGCUGCAAAAGAAGCUGGUCAUAUACGUCCCUUAUUGAUAGCUGUGGAUCAGGAAAAUGGUGUUGUGCGUCGAUUAGGCACAAGCGGAACUUAUUUACCCGGAAGUAUGGCGCUGGGUGCUACUGAUGAUGAAAUUUCCGCCAGUGAAGUAGCUGCUGCCACAGCAAAGGAAUUGCUGGCAUUGGGCAUUAAUUGGAAUUUAGCACCCGUAAUGGAUGUCAAUAGCAAUCCCCUCAAUCCUGUCAUUGGCGUCCGAUCCUUUGGUGAAAAUCCAUCCAUGGUGUCAAGACUAGGAAGAGCACAAAUCACUGCUUAUCAAGCAAAUCGUGUUGCUACCAGUAUCAAACAUAUCCCAGGUCAUGGUGACACGGCCACCGAUUCUCAUUUAGGAAUUCCUGUCAUUGACAAAGACGUGAAACAACUAGAGUCUUUGGAACUCAUUCCAUUUUUGGAAGCCAUUCGAGAGUCUCAUCCUACUUCUGUUAUGGUAGGUCAUAUUUCUUUGCCUAAGAUUAUACAACAAGUAAAGCAGCCUGCAAGCAUUGCUCGUGAGGUGGUGACCGAUCUGCUGCGUCAAAAGUACCAAUACGAAGGAGUGAUCAUUACUGACUGUUUAGAGAUGGAUGCUGUGAAAGAGUCGGUAGGUUCCGCUCGAGGUGCCGUCAUGGCAUUGCAAGCCGGCAACGAUAUAAGCAUGUUAUCUCAUACCUACAGCUUCCAAAAAAACGCCUUUCAACUUGUUCAUGAAGCCAUUGAAGCAGGUCAAUUGUCAGAAGAGAGUUUGAGAGCCUCUCUCGACCGUGUAUCGCAAUUAAAAAGCAGGUUUUUGACGUGGGAAACGUCAUUGCAAAAGCAGGAUCUUGGAAUCGUUGGUUGCGAAGCUCACACGAAGUUGAGUGAAAAACUUUACAAUGCCGUUCCUACCAUUGUGUGCGAUAAGUCCAACUUGCUUCCUCUUCAGUUGGACGACGAACAAAGGAUACUUUUUCUAGGGGCGCAUGUUCCUUUGACAUUGGCCAUCGAUUCCGAACCUGAACCGUUCAACUCCAUGUACGACUCCAUUCUGCGUCGGCAUAAAAAUACUGAAUAUAUUAUAUUCAACGAAAACACUGUUUUGUCAAAAAAUCAAAUCACUGAGGCAGAUAUGGUGAUUAUUGGCACAGCGAAUGCUAACUUACACCCUUUUCAAAGCAACAUGGUGCAGCUCAUCUCGAAAUAUACUGAAAACUUGAUCGUUGUUGCUGUCAUUAAUCCGUAUGAUUUGAUGGCUUUUUCUAACCAUGUUGGAACGUACGCUGUCACGUAUGAAUAUACACCACCCGCUCAUGAAGCCAGUAUUCGGUUGAUUUUUGGUGAAAUUAAAAAUGGAAGUAAACUUCCUGUAACCCUUUUUCCUUUAAAUGCUAAAAAUGAACCUAUUACUGUUACAGUCGCUGAUUUUAAGUCUACAGAAAUGGAGCUCGAGAAAGCUUAUUCACUAUGGAACAGCGUUUAUAAAGAAAACUGGCCACUGUCAUUUGAAAAAUUCAACUUGAUUCUCGCUAGGAUGCAAAAUCCACGCCACUUUGCAGUAUUCAAAGACAACGAUGAUGAACAGCAAAUGAUUGGGUUUGCAGCGACACAAACUAUUGAUUCACAAGGACAACUCGCCUUAUUGGUGGUACAUCCCAACUACAGAAGAAAUGGUAUUGGCAGUCGAUUACACGAUCGAUGUUUAGAAGCGUUUUCACAAGAACGAAAUACACAACAGAUAAUGCUCGGCGCAACGUAUCCUCGCUUUUUCUGUGGUGUUCCCAACGAUGAUAGAAUGGGUAAGGAAGCACAAGAAUUCUUCCAACAUCGUGGAUAUGAUAUGCUUGGUGUAGUGUGGGAUUUGAAAGGUGAUUUAAGUGACUAUACAGUACCUGGAGUUAUCCGGGAACGUAUGAAGAAAGAAGGUAUUUGGAUCGGCCCUAUCACUACUCAAGAGCAGGCUCAAGAAAUAAUCGAUCUCCAAAAAACCGAUUUUCCUUGCUGGGCAUCAACGUAUCAGCAUCAUGCCGAUUUAGGGGAUUAUCAAGACUUGAUCGUGGCAAAAGAGGGUUCAAGCGAAGGAAAAUUGUUGGGUAGCCUAGUCUUAUUUACAACGCAGGGCUCACAUCGGUCUCGCACGGACCUCGUAUGGACAGACGAGAGCUUGUUUGGCAAAGACAGUGGUGGUUUGGCUUGUGUAGGCGUGGCGACCGAACAACGAGGAAGAGGUAUUGGGCUUGGACUCGUCGCUUAUGCUAAUCAAAUACUCCACGAGCGUGGUGUACGAAUGUCUUAUGUUGAUUGGGUUGAGUUAACCGAGUUUUAUGGUCGUACAGGCUACCAGAAAUGGAGAAGCUACCAGCUUGGUGCAAAGAAAUAG